AUGAGGAUGUGGAGGUGUGCUCCAACCCCCAUCUCAUCCGGCUGGGUGCGGCCACCUGCAUGUGGCUGCAGCUGACAGGUGCAGCGGCAGGGCGGCAGGCGGGGCGGCAGGCAGCGCCGGCCAGGGCGUGUGAGAUGCCCGCAGCGGCAGCAGCAGCGGUGCCGAAUCAUGGUAGCAGAGGCGGCAAUAGCAGAAGCGGCAGCACCGGGUCUCUGGUGGCCUUACAGGCGGUGCUGGAGGCCAGCCAGGCCCUCACCCACCAGGCGGGCCUCCAGGACAGCCCCCUCCUGCUGCAUCGGGCGCUGCAACUGCUGGCAGCGGGGUGCGCGUGUGCAUGCGGGGUGCAGCGGGGCCGGCAGAUACAGCCGCCACCACUGCUGGCAGCAGCAACCGCAACAGCAUCUACACAACAGCGGAGUUCGGAGCAGCAGCAGCAGGCCGCCUGUGACCCAUGGGUCACCCUGGCCGAGCGCUUAUCGUGCACGCAAGCACAGACAGGUAGCGGAGCCAGUACGACAGGUAGAGGGGCAGCUACUGCUGUCGCUGGUACCGCAACCGAGGCCGGCCAGAACCGCAACGAUGAGGCUGUUGCUGCUGCUGAGAUCAGCCUAACCGCCAGGGAACUGUACGACAUGCUAGCUGAGUUCUCCCCUGGGGUGUCGUACCUGGACGAGCAGCAAAAGCAGCUACAGCCGCUUGCGGAGCGGCUAGCUACGGUGGCAGCUGUCACGCUGGCUCACAGCCCGCCGGGGGCGGCUGGGGAGGAGGUCAGGG